AUGUCCCUUGAAUGGAAAGAUGAUGGCCGCGAUGCGCCGACUACCGGUUGUUGUGGUUUUGGGAGCAACAGGCACCGGUAAAUCGAAGCUUGCAAUCGAACUUGGACAGAAAUUCAAUGGAGAAAUAAUCAGUGCUGAUUCAAUGCAGAUAUAUGAAGGUCUAAACAUCAUCACAAACAAAGUGACUUCAGCUGAACAACUCCAGUGUAGGCACCACCUCAUCGGCUAUGUCAACCCCUUCACCAACACAUCAAAUACUGUUGUCAACUUCAGAGACAAAGCUCUUCCUAUUAUAGAGAGGGUGUUUGCAGAGGGGAGACUUCCCAUCAUUGUGGGCGGCACCAACUACUACAUUGAGAGUCUGCUGUGGAAGUUCCUUGUUGAUCCACAGGUCCAUGAUAAAGGUCCUGAUGCAAAGAAACUGAGAAUGUCCGACUCCUGUCCAGUCACACAUGAAAGUGAGCGUCCACUGCCUCCAGGAGGUGGUACGUCUGCUCCAGGACAUCCGGCCACUAUUGAUGUCUCGUCCACAGGAUCUGAUGCUGCUCCUGUGGCUGAUGCAUCUUUUGAAGGGGAGGCAGCUCUGGAAGACACAGGGGAAGCAACUCUGGACAGAGGGAAGGUUGCUCAGGAAUGCUGUAAAACAGCAGCAAGUGACCGAGGAGCAGAUCGAGAAGGGAAAUUCAAAGAUAUUGACAGUUCUGAGCUUCACAGACAAUUGACAUUAGUGGAUCCUGUGACUGCGAAAAAGAUUCAUCCACAUAAUCGCAGGAAGAUUAUCAGAGCGCUGGAAGUGUACAGCCAACAUGGAGUUCCGCUCAGCGACAUCCUCAAGUCCCAGCAUGCAUCAGCAGGAGGCACAGACGCUCUCAGUGGACCAGUGAGAUAUGACAAGACUUGCAUCUUUUGGAUACAGUGUGAUCAGACAGUGCUGGACGCCCGUCUGGACGCCCGUGUGGACACCAUGAUGGAGCAUGGUCUUCUUCAGGAACUCCACGACUUCCACAGAGAAUACAGACAGAAGAUGCAAGGAGACUGUGAUUACACUCUCGGAAUUUUUCAAAGUAUUGGCUUUAAGGAAUUUCACAAUUACUUGUUGCUGCCAGAGCCUGAGAGCGACACAGUCAAAGGGAGACAACUGAGGGAUGAAGGUGUGGAGCUGCUGAAGUUGGCAACUCGCCAGUAUGCUAAACGGCAGAUCAAGUGGAUUCGGAACAGAUUCUUGAAACGCCCAGGACCUGGUGUGGUGCCAGUGUAUGGCGUCGACUCUACGGAUGUCAGUCUCUGGGCAGACAAUGUCUUGAAGCCUGCCUGUGACAUACUCUCUGCUAUAUUACAGGGGGAGAAUCCCGCCGUCCUGCCCCUGGAGGCUGGUGGUGCUCUGACAGAACAUGUCUACAACGUAUGUGACGUGUGUGCAGGACGGGUGUUUACCACUUUGCAGGAGUGGAACGCCCACACAAACAGUCGGAGACACAAGAGGGCACUCAGUAAACAGAGGAAACAGCUACGAAAGGCCGCCGUGCUCCACAGGUAGGGUGACGUUACACUGAUGCAUGUGAGAUGUGAGACACAGUGAUGAAGCUUGAGAGUCAAGAGAUUGAGGCAGGGGAAACGUCAUCACAUCCUGGGAGUGAGUGAAAGAGGGACAUCUUCACACUUCGUCACACGGCUUCCUGGGAGGGAGUGAAAUGGCUGUCUUCACACCGAGUCAGCAAGUCUGUCUUGGACGAGCAUCUUGGGAGGUUGUGAAAGAGAGUCGACUUCACACUUCGUUACACGGCGUCCUGGGAGGGAGUGAAAGAGAGACAUCUUCACACAAUGUCAGCAAGUCUGUCUUGUCUUCUCACAACUAUUGGAUAUGUUGGCAGUGAAGAGGACAUCUGUUGAAAAUGUGUAAAGUUUAUGGUGUGAAUUUAUGGCUAUGAUGUAGAGGUAGUGUUCUCAGAAUUAAGCAAAA